CAAGAGAGAAGUGCACUGCUGAGAGACAGACUCUUGGACACUGGAUCACACUAACCUAGAACUGCUUGACUUGUCACACCAUGGAUAUUCUGUUCACUGUUUCAUGCCAGCAUUCUAGAGACUAUAAUCUCACAUCAUUCUGUCCCGAUAACCAAACUAUCAACUCAACAUCUCCUGGUCUGGUUAACCCACCUGCUUUUGGAAUGUCGUACUUCACCAUGACCCUCGGCGCACUCUCAAACCUGACGGCACUAGCAAUCCUUGCCCAUUCCUAUGCCCGCUUCCGUCAGCGUGCCAAGGCACCAUUCCUGUUUCUAGCUUCAGCCUUGAUUCUGAGUGACCUGGCAGGUCACGUGAUCACUGGUGCUCUGGCAUUGCACCUACAUCUAGGAAGAGUCAAGCAUCACAGAGCAGCAAUAGUAGUAGAGCCUCCUCAGAGUUACUGCAAACCAUUUGGUGCUUGCAUGGUGUUUUUUGGCCUUUGCCCUCUACUGUUAGGCAGUGCAAUGGCAGUGGAGCGUUGCAUAGGCAUUACACAACCUCUCCUGCACUCGACUGUUGUUACAGUAGCACACAUACGCUUCUCUGUACUCCUGAUCACCUCCACGGCUCUCACGUUGGCGGGACUCCCCUUGCUGAAUGUGGGCAACUACAAACCCCAGUUCCCAGGUACCUGGUGUUUCUUACCAUUGAAUGGUCCACUCUCCAUAGCCGAUGCAAACCUUGCUUUGGCCUUUUCUUUACUAGGGCUUGGAGCAUUGACUGUCUCAGUUCUAUCCAAUACUAUGAGUGGGCUGAAAUUGCUCCAGAAAAGGCAUAAGGACCAACGUGUUAAGUCAAAUGCUCGGAGACAUGGAUCAUUUUUGACCUCAUCUCUGCAUUCAUUAGAUGUUGAGAUGAUGACACAGCUGGCUGGGAUAACAGUGGUUUCCUGUGUCUGCUGGAAUCCUUUUCUUAUCUACGUCCUCAUAUCUGUGAUCAGGUUUUAUGGAGGAAUCACCAGACCGGAGAACCAGUGUGAGAAACUUCUUCUACUUGCCCUGCGUUUGGCAAGCUGGAACCAGAUUCUGGAUCCAUGGGUUUAUAUCCUCCUACGGCGGGCAGUUCUGCGCAGAGUCCUUCAGCUGCUACAGCCUGAAAAAGUUUUGUUUUCACCAAGUAGCUCCUACACAGACUCAAAUAGAAAGCAGAUUAGUUUAUACUGA